AUGGCACAUUUAAAAAUCCUCAUCUGCGGCGGCGGUUGCGCAGGGCCUGCACUUGCUUACUGGCUUGUUCGCAGUGGCCAUCAAGUCACCAUUGUCGAGCGCUUCCCGACCCUCAGAGCCACGGGUGCACAAAUUGAUCUCCGUGGCCAGGGAAUUGAAGCGGCCAAACGGAUGGGCCUAUUAGAUACGAUCCGCGGCAAGCUUGUCGAUGAAGAUGGCGUCGCCCUAGUCGACUCAGAAGGCAAGGUCAGGGCAACUGUUAUGGCCAACAAGUCCGGGAAAGGUGCUCAAUCUCUCACAUCCGAGUUUGAAAUUAUGCGCGGUGAUCUUGUGCGCAUUCUAUAUGAUGCAACGAAAGACGAUGUGAAGUAUAUAUUCGACACAUCGGUCGAUCGCUUCGAACAAGACGAGGAGAAAGUUAUUACCUAUUUUUCUGAUGGCUCUUCCGACUCUUUUGAUCUUCUUGUUGGAGCAGACGGCCAGGGAUCGCGCAUCCGGAAAGCCAUUAUGCCUCCUGGUUCCCCGGAUCCCUAUCGGCAGCUGGGAAUCCAUAUCGCCUACUGGUUUAUUCCGCGUAACGAGAGUGACAACAGAAUCCGCAAGACAUAUCAGAGUCCUGGAGGUCGAAUGAUCAUGCGCCGAAGUCACAAUCCCGCAGAGACACAAGUAUACUUCUUCCUCAGAGACGACGCUCUUGAAUUCUCGAGUAUUCACAGGGCUUCAGUAAAACAGCAAAAAGAAUUCUGGACUCAAAAAUUUCGUGACGCCGGAUGGGAAACUGACCGGUUCUUGGAAGGCAUGAAGACAACAGACAACUGGUACUGUCAAGAAAUUGUCCAGGUACAGACAGAUACGUGGCAUAAAGGCCGAGUCGUCCUUCUAGGAGAUGCUGCUCACUGCCCGUCUCCAUUUAGUGGCAUGGGCACCACUGCUGGGCUUGUCGGUGCUUAUGUAUUGGCUGAUGAGAUUAAUCGAAAUACUGAGGAUCUCCCGCGAGCUUUUGCGAACUAUGACAAGACCCUUCGGCCAUUUGUGGAUGAGAUACAUAAUGUGAAGCCCGCCCUUUUGAAAUUGGGAAUGCCGAAGACAUGGUGGGGAAUUGCCAUACUACGUUUCAUCUUUGGAAUGUUAUGUUUCCUCCGCAUCCCUGAAUUUAUGUCAAGGUUCGCGAAGGAGAGAGAUGGGAAUUGGAAGUUACCGAGAUAUUCCGAGUGA